AUGGCUCUGAUACAACCAAACAUCGAACCCGCCGUACCACCCAUUUCUGAACAAUCAACAACAACCCCGUCAAUCGUAAUCCAUCAAAACUCAUCCUGCGAAAAUCCUUCCCAAGUCCCAGACGUAAUUCCACCCAGAUGCAAGCAAACAGAAGAGCCCGUAACCCGCAACGGUACGAAAAAGGAAAACAAAAUUGAAGAAGAGAAUCAAGUUAUAAACAUCGAAUCAUCUCCACGAAGAGGUUCGGACAACAAACUCGUAAAACAAACUAAGAUAGACUGUUCCGUCGAAAAUAUAAACAAUGGACUGUCGGCGUCGAAAUCUAACGCCGCGACGGUCAGUAGAAUUUCUGACAAGGCGUCGGUUGAUGAACGGCUCGCACAGCGACGCAAAUCUCUAGUGCCUAUGUCGAGUAUGGAGGAGGAAAAUCUUAGGGAACGAUUCAAUCGUACGCCUUUAGCCAAUGAAAACGUCUAUUUAACAAUAUUUAUAGAAGCCUUCCUGCUUGAGACUUCUAUAAUCCUCUCUAAAGCCCUCGGUCAUGCCGUUAAUUUGAAAAGGAACCUUUCAAAUAAGUCAGCUAUUAAUCAUUACAAGCACAUGUAUGUUCCAAUAGUCUUUGAAAAGAUAAUUAAUCACUUAUAA